AUGACAGGAUUUAAGAAGAAACGUUGGAUGUUACGGAACAACAAUGCAGUUCUCCCGGCACGAACUCAAGCCGAUACCAAAACAACAGCAACAAAAACGCCACUGUCGUCGCCAACAUUAUCGGAUCGCAGCGGGGUUCUGCAGCUGCAUCGCCCUUUAACGUGUACCGUUAGCAGCGAGGCCUCCUCCACCACAACACCGACAACACCAUCCUCCUCUGCGCUGAAACAUUUGAUUCCAUCCAUAUCAUACCUGAAUUUCCCCACCAAAAUUAUACCUGACAACAUUAAUUCAACAUCAACAACUACAAUAGUGACCGAUAAUCAUAGUGAAGCAGAAGAAGAAAAAGAGGAAAGCAGCAGCAAUCAUCAUGUCGAUCCACCGAUAUUCGACUGUGACAACCAUGACAAUAAUGAUCGAUACAAUCAUGUAUCCCUUGAAGAGCACAGCACUGACAAUCAUGGCGGUAUUCGACCCGUUCAAAUAUUGACCGAACGACUCGAAGCUUGGUACAUGCUCGUCAAACAGCUACACCAACAUUUCAAUGAGUUUGCCAACGUUGAAAGCCAAAUAUCAAAAUCGUAUGGACGACUCUUGCAGACAACAGGUGUAUUCGGCAAAGGUAGUGGGAGUAGCAACGGUAACAAUGUCGAUGAUUCACAAGAGCAUCAACAUCACCGACAGCAACAGCAUCCAGACGCAUCGUGUUCUUUAAUACAUACUCAUUUCAACAACUCGCAGCACGGUAUUCGCAACGUCUGUCAGUUAUGGCAAGGUCGGCAUGACGCCAUGGCAAAAGGGCAUGCAACUAUGAGUGGAUUUUUAAAGUCCAAUGUGUUACCGAGUUUAAGCAACAUGAAACGUGACCUCAAAGGCAUGAUUCGGUCAAUUCGUUUGGAUGAUCGGCUCAAGCUAUCCAAAUUGGCGAAUCUACGACGCGAGGCUAAACGACGUGUGCUUCGGCUGGAUCGGCAACUUGCCUUUUUCGAACAGCAUCCUCACCAUGGCGAAGGCAAGCAAGAUCCAUGGCUGAUAAAUGCAGCCGUGGUCAAUCAAAUGCUCAAGGUGUAUCAUCAAACGAACAAGAUGCACGAAACCAUCCUGCGCUUACAAAAGGAAGUCAUGAUAUCCGAGCAACGCAUUGUACAGGAAUUCCGCCAGUUAUGUGAAGACAUUGUCAAAGUACGAGAACAAACAUCAUUGGGCAUAGAUCCUAGUCUUGCCCUGAUCAUGCAGUCGAUUGAGCAACUGAAAGCCAAUAACGACUGGGAUGAUUUUGUCGGCCGAUUCAGACAACACCUGAUUCCAGAACAGGCACGGUUCAGACACCCCAACCAGUUGCAGUAUCCAAACCAUGCCCAUCCACUGCUCCAACCUGUUUUUGCUGCACGUAUGGAACGCAAUUCAUCCUUGCUACAUCGAUGGCAUGAGUACAUCUACGUCCUAACACCUGCGGGCUUUCUUCACGAGUACCGAACCACCAAAACAUACCCUGCACGGCCCGACACGACAAUCUUUGUUCCGCACUACAACGUAUCCACACUCUCGACCAAUCUUCACCACAACUUGAUUUUCCAGCUGCAGCAGCAUCAUCGUGGAGGAGCACGAGGCGCUGGUGGCGCUCUGGUCAACAUGUCGCAUACCCCAUCGUCAUCCACUUUGGCGUCUUACUAUGCAUCACCCAUCGCUGCAGAUGGGGGACAACGCACCAAAUCUAGCUCCAAAACCUUAACCUUCCGCGCCAAAUCAGCCCCAGAUAUGCAGGCGUGGUUAGAGCAUCUCACCGAGCUCUCGUAUCGUUAUCGUCCGUCCGUGAGUUACAAUGCUCCUGCAUUUCUGCAACCGUCAAAUGCUGCAAACCCUGAAUAUUUUGUACCAUCCCCGCCUCCUGCAGAGUCUGUUACGAACAAGUCGUUUUCUGAGCAUCAUUCUAACCAUCAACAGAAAGCUGCUAAUGCGUUCUUGCCGCCUCCCCCUGCGUUGGUACUUACAUCAUCGCCAUCGCCAUCGGAAUCUGCUGCCAAACGAGAUAAAUUAAAACAAGAGCAAGGUAAAGAAGGGGAUGUAGCUGGAUGGGGCGAAAGCAAACCGACAGCUACAGCGCCCGAGGAUAGUUGGUGUCAAGAUAAUCCUUGGAAGGAUGAUCCAGUAAAGAACGAAUCGUCAUCGGCGGCAGGAGUAACAGUGGAAAAAGAGCAAACGACUAUUGGAUUAUCGUCGUUCAUAAGCGGAUGUAUCGUUUCUGCUCCAGAGCCGACACCGCCAGCAGAAUCAGCAUCAACAGACAAAGCUAGUAAUCCAUCGUCAUCAUUAACAUCGCAACAAGGAGACGCGAACAAGAAAGAGGAGGAUGAAAAGAAGAAAACAGAAGAAGAAGCUCCAACACGGUCAUUCUUCCUUACUGGAGUCACUUUACCCGAUUCCAUGCAAUAA